CCUCGGGAUGGACCCACCAACAGACAGCUGUUAACUCACGUAGCGUGUUACGUGUUUACUUUUUGGCCGCAAGUUUUGCUGCUUUUUACAAAAUAUAAUUUGCAAUGUCGGUGCCAUUUAGCGGCACAUUGCGCCGUUCUGGCGGCAUAGUUUCGGCCAUCGGCAAGCAGCUGAAGAACGUUAACCUGAAGGGCGUGAAGCGAAUCACCGUCCAGUUCGACCCGUUCGCGGAAAACGUCAAGUCCACUCGAGAAUUCCUGUUCCUGCUUUCCACACCUAAAGUUGCGCAGACGAAUCCAAAGUGCGUGGUCAAAUCGGACAUUGUUUGCGACCGGAAACCAGCCUCGAUUAAGUUUUCCCUCAUAGAUUCUGCACAAGAACAAGCCAAAGUCAAGGAGAUUCGCUUCAAUAGCGACAAUCUGAACACCCUAGAGCUCCUGCAGCUGUGCAACAAACACGUAUCAUCCUUGGCACCACCCGAGGAAGUGACCAACAAGGUCCUUACCAAGGCGGAGAAACAGAAGCUUGGAGGCGGAGCAGGCGGCGGAAAGAAGGCACCGAAAAAGAAGUAG